CAUGGGCAUUUGCCCUGAAUGGGAAUCGAACUGUGACCUCCUGGUUCAUAGAUCGAUGCUCAACCACUGAGCCAUGCCAUCUGAGCAGGAACAGAUAUUAAUAAAAUAAUUUCAUAAGUAAAUGCAAAAACACAACAAUGACUUAGACAAUGAAGAAGACUCUAGGAGGCUAUAAAAGCAUGAACUAGGGGGACUGCACUUGCUGGGCAGGGAGGGUUCAGGAAGGCUUCUUUGAGGAAGUGAUAUUCCAGAUAAGAGAUAAGGAUAAGAAUUAUCACAGGAAGACAAAGGCAUGGAGGAGCACCCAGCUGGGAGGGCAGUACUUACACAAGCAUGGCUGGGGAUGUUUAGGAUUCCUAGGAAGGCAAAAGUGUUAGAACUGCAAGAGUGAAAGGCUAGUGUUGUGCUUAAGAUUGGGAGCUUGGAAGGAAUCCACAUGCACUAGCAAACCUGGAAAGGGUGUCAAAAGAAAGAAAAGUCAUAGACACUGAGGCAAAAGUCUUCAGCUGAAAGUACCCUUCAGAGCAUAUUUGUGUUUGCUCCUGCCUGGGGCCAAGGUAUGUGCCAUCAGGACCACUGAGACUGCAUUCCUCUUGCUGAGGUCCUAGGUGAGUGUGAGUGUGGGCUCUAAACCUGGGAGUGGCCACCUCGGCUACAGUAAUUUUUGAAGCCUGACUCUGACAUUUCUUGGAUGGAUUUUCUUUCUUUUUUCUACCCAGUACUAUUGGGCAUUGUGUGAAAGUGUUUUUAACUUUUAAUUUUUACAUUAUUUCAGGUUUGAAGAAAAGUUGAAAGAAUAGUUCCUACGUAUAUCCUUUGCUGGAUCCCCCAAAUGUUAACAUUUUUACCACCUUAACUUUUAUCUUUAUCCUGUUUUCUCUGUCUUCCUUCUGUGUGCAUGUGUUUUUUUCCAAACCAUUUGAGAAUAAGUUGCACCUCUAAAUCGUUGGUAUUCCCUAAAAACAAGGACAUUUUCCUCACACAACCUCAGUACAAUGAUCCAAAUCAAGAAAUUAAAAAUUAACAUUGAUAUAAUACUGUUAUUAAAGUUACAGACAUCAGUCCUAUUUGGACAAUUAUCCUAAUAAUGUGAUCUAUAGCAAAAGAAAAUCCAAGAUCACACGUUACAUUUGGUUAACAUCUCUUUAGACACUUUUCAUCCAGAGCAGCUCCUAGACUUUUUUUGAAUUUGAAUGCCCCUCUUUUUGGCUUUGUCUGAUGCUCCUGAACCUGAAGAUUGAAGUCCUGUAUCUUUGGCAAAAGUCCCACAAUAGUCGCAUUGAGUCCUUUCUAGUGCCUCCUACCAGGAGGUACAUGAUGUUGAUUUGUCCCAUUUUGAAGCUUCAUGACCAUCUGACAGGGUUGUUAUAAAAUGGAUACUUAAGAUAGGUGGUCAGGAAUUCUAUUCGGUAGGAUUCCCUCUUGGUUUCAUUGUUAUAAAAUGGAUACUGAAGAUGAGCGGGUGGGACAAGAGACUCCAUCUUUUAGGAUUCCAUUUAUAAGUGAAUAGAGACCCGACUCUUAGAUAAAAUGACAGUCUUUAUCAAUAACUUGCGUGAAAGGCAUCGUCAACAUUUCUGGUAUGUGGAGGGUGCCAGUUUGUGCUAAUUCAUGUUGUUCUGGUAUCUUCCUUCAUAGAUAUAUCAGCCACAUGAAAGCAGGAAACAAAACAGGAAUUUUAGUGUUCACCCUCCUUGGACUCUCUGAGGAUCCAGAACUGCAGCCCCUCAUCUUUGGACUGUUCCUCUCCAUGUACGUGGUUACUGUGCUUGGGAACUUGCUCAUCAUCCUAAUCAUCAGCUUUGACUCCCACCUCCACACCCCCAUGUACUUCUUCCUUUCCAACCUGUCCUUGGUUGACAUCUGCUUCAGCACCACCAUAGUCCCCAAUAUGCUGGUGAGCAUCCAGACAGAGAACAAAGCCACUUCCUACAUGAACUGCCUCACUCAGGUGUAUUUUUCCAUGUUUUUUCCUAUCCUGGACACUCUACUCCUGACCACGAUGGCCUACGACCGGUAUAUGGCCAUCUGUCAGCCCCUGCACUACAUGGUCAUCAUGAACCCUCGUCUCUGUGGCUUGCUAGUUUUUAUUACUUGGUUCAUUGGUGUCAUGACAUCCCUCCUCCAUAUCUCUCUGAUGAUGCAUCUGAAUUUCUGUAGGGAUCUUGAAAUUCCACAUUUCUUCUGUGAGGUGACACAGAUCCUCAAGUUGGCCUGCUCUGAUACCUUCCUGAAUAGCAUACUGUUAUACUUUAUGACUGGUGUGCUGGGUGUGUUCCCCCUUUUGGGGAUCCUGUUCUCCUACUCAAGAAUUACUUCAGCCAUAAGGAAGAUGUCCUCAUUGCAGGGAAGGCAAAAAGCAUUUGCCACCUGUGGGUCUCAUCUCUCAGUCGUUUCUUUAUUUUAUGCGACAGGCAUUGGGGUCUACUUCACUUCCUCGAUGACUCACUCUUCCCAGGAAGUCUCAGUGGCCUCAGUGAUGUACACUGUGGUCACCCCUAUGCUGAACCCCUUCAUCUACAGCUUGAGAAACAAGGAUGUAAAGGGCGCCCUGGGAAGGCUUCUUAGCAGAGCAGUCUCUUGUCUGUGAUAAAUCUAUUGGUCCUGGGACUGAGAAGGUUUGUGAGUACCAGUGGCAAACACUUUUAUUCCGAAGUUCUUACACUUGAAUAUCUCAAAGGAUCUUAUUCUUUUAUCCAGUUCUUAAGGACCUAUGAAUUUGCUCUCUCUCAGUUUUUUACACACAUUUAAACAACUAAUCUCUGAGUAAUUUCUUUGAUGACUUUUUUGUCCUAUUGGUUGUCCAAAAAUUAUGUCUUUGGUCUUAUUCCUUACCUUCACACUCGUGAGUUCUAAACUUGGAUUUAAGGCAUUUACUAUAUCUUUGUUAUCUCAAAUGUUGGCCUAGAGAGUUUAAAGUGAUUGUUCACUUUAAUUUAUUUCUAUGUGUUUGAUUGUGAAUUGUGUUAUUUGUAUGUAUC